AUGGAAGGGAUUGAGACUGUGGAUGUCAGCUGGCUGCAUCACUCGCAAAAAGUGGUUAGCGAUAAGUCUGUUGCGGAUUCAGAUGCCACAAUUGCCCAAGAACGAAGUCUCGAAAAAACAAGCACUACCGAUAAUACCUCUUCAGCACCAGCCCCCGUCACUCCUACUGUAUCCAAGGGAUCGUUACAAGAAGAUGGUGCAAAGGCCACGAAGGAGGUCAAAAAUGAAGACAAGUCUGUGGAGGGAAAGCCUACUGGCACAUCGCCAGCUACUCCGAAAACCGCGCCUAGGCCGGUCACCGGAAGAAGAAACUCAUGGAUAUCGAGCCUGAGCUCCAAGUUCUCCUCUGGCUCUACCCCGCCAUCGCAGUCGAAUAUGAAGGCACAGCAGAACCCGAAGGCAAGUUCUCCUGUUUCGAAGAUGGACACCCAUAAUCCUUUCGGUGCGGCCUAUUCUCCAAAGGACAAGGAAGAGGAAAGGACGAAUGAGAACAGCCCUUUUGCUUCGGCGUCCCCGAAGGGUCCUUCGUUUUUGCAGAGCGCCUUCCGAAAACUCUCGUCAUCCGCAUCUGGUGGCACUGGUAAAGCCGCCUCUACUGGGACGAUCUGCCAACGUCGCGUAAUGAAUAUUGAUCAGGAUCGAGAUAGGUGCAAGAUCCCCGAUCUGAAUCCUGCCAAACUGCGCCGUGUCGCUUUCUGUGUGGACGUGGAGAUCGCUGGGAUAUCCUAUCGAGAAUCUGAUGAGGACAGCCCCCCUGCGAGUAGUAGGCGACGUCCUGUCCCGGAGGUUAACAAUCAAAAGUCCAAACGAUCGCAUAUCAAGUCGAAAGAGAAGGAUGAAGCUGCAGCGUUGAAGAAUCCCCAGGCUGCAGUCUCUUCCAAGGACAAGAGUAGCCCAACAAAUGGGGCGGACGGAAAGAGUUCUGGGUCACCAGAAACACCGCCAGCCGACGCGAACGCCAAUGGCGAGGCCAAAGAGCCAACACGAAAGCAGGAAAAGAAGAAGAGGUCAGAAGAAGAGAGGCGUGAGCGGAGGGAAAGAAGACGCAGACAGGCAGAAGCAAAUGGCUCCAUACCCAUGCAACUGACAGCUGACGGCCAAGAGUAUGGCUGCCGAACACCUGCGUCUAACGCAACCCGUACUAAGACACAGAGUCAUCCGACGACAGAUCCUGUCCGGAUAUAUAGACGCUGUUGUCAAUUGCGCGAGACGCCCGUGCUCAAGCGGAUUGUUGACGAGAUCUCAUCACCCUCUUCCACGUUAGCUGAGUCUCCAGGAACUGUGGCUGUACUUGACCUCAGCGACUUUCCUAUGACGGCCGAGGAUAUUGCUACUUUUUGCGAUUGGCUCGCUAUUGUACCCGUUCGGAAGCUCAUCAUUGAAAGAUGCGCAUUGAAUGACGACUCGGUGCGAUCUAUUCUUGCUGCACUUCUUUCUACUAGAACUGUGGAACAGAUAAUGCAGCGGCGUAGGAAGGGAAGAAAGGCCGAGGUGGUAACUUCCGAGAAAGAACAGCGGUUCAGCGUCGUUGAGAAGGUAUCGCUAAAAGAUAACCCCAAAAUCGGACCAGAAGGAUGGCGUCAUAUCUGCCUAUUCGUUCACCUUUCAAAAUCUCUGAAGGCGAUCGACUUGUCGGGCAUUCCUCUUCCCAGGACAUCCAUUCCUGUCAAUUGCUCCAACAAAGGAGCCUCGCAAACCCAAAACGUCACCAACGUAGCGACCCUCUUCGCGAAUUCGCUUGCACAACGCUUUGGCGGGGACCACCUCGAAGAAUUGCUGCUGAGCGAAUGCCGACCUACGACCGAAGAUGUGAAGAAAAUCUGUGAUGCAGCCACAACCCUUGGCUUGAGGAGGCUUGGCUUCGCCAACAACGAGCUGAGCAGGGAAGGCUUGGAGCACAUCGUUGGGUACCUCAAGGCAGGGAAGUGCGAGGGGCUAGAUCUGGGUGGGAAUCCCAUUCAAGACCAGCUGGACUUGAUCAUAUCUUCUUUCACGGAUGAUCAUCCCCUAUAUGCUCUUAGCUUGGCCGACUGUUCCCUCACACCUUCUACUGUCUACCCCUUGUUCCAAGGACUGACAAGAUUGCCGGACCUCCGCUUUGUUGAUUUCUCCCACAACCCAGGUCUUUUCACAAUGCAGCCCGAUGCGCUAGCAACUUUCAGACGAUUUCUUCCCAAGAUGCCGGCUCUCAAACGCAUCCAUCUGGCCGACGUCAACUUGUCUCCUGACCAAACCAUUGCUCUGGCUGAGGUCCUCCCCGAAUGUCCCAGCUUAUGCCACUUGAACAUCCUCGAAAACCCAGCCAUCACCGCGUUGGCAUCUGCAACGGACCCUGCCAAUCAAGAAGAGGCCUGCGCUGUUUAUGCAUCCUUGAUGGCGGCAGUUCGUGUAUCCAGAACGAUUAUAGCCGUGGAAAUAGAAGUUCCAACUGCCGAAAACAACGAGGUUGUGAAGGCUCUGGCUUCCCAGAUAGUUGCCUAUUCUCUCAAAAACCUGGAGCAAGGUGCCAUAGCAGCAGAAUUUUCCGAUCCAACAGAUUUACCAACGAGGUCAGCUGUCCAUGUUCCGGAGAUCUUGCAGCAUAUUGUCGGCCACGGUACUGGAGAUGAGGUGGAGGAAGACGACGAGGCUGCACCCGAUGAGGACUAUGUCAUUGGAGGGACCGGCGUGGUUAAAGCUCUCGGUGUUUGCCUCGGUAACGUGGAUCGCCAUAUGCCAGGAGACCAGUCCGGACCCCCAAGUGGCACAACUACACCCAGGCAUAGAAAGUCCAGGUCCUAUGUCACCAAACGACCCCGUGACAUGUCCAAGAAUUUGUUGGAGUCGGCACGUAAUAUCCGGUCGCGAAUCCAGUCGGCCCUUGUGCGCGAAGAUAAGGCCGGCAAUGACACCAAUUACCGACGUCUUCAAUUCCUUGACUUCACCUUACAGCGCAUGAUCCAACGAUUUGAAGACGAGUAUCCUGAGACCCGCAUCAUACCCCAGUCCGUCCCAUCGUAUGCAAUUCAGGAUACUAGCUCACAGGGUUCUAACGACGACGGAUGGAACGGGCCUGUGUCCGACAACACCCAGCUGAAUGGUACCUUCAAUGAUGCUGAAGCCGUGGCAGAUGACGAGGAGGAGCAAUAUGCCGUCCGACUAUCGCGGUCAAGCUCGAUUACGUCCCUUCAUUCACGCGCCAUGACCUCCGAGGAAGGCCAUAUUCACCGUCUCGGACAAAACAUUCGGCGCGAUUUCCUCCGACCUUCGUUCGAUCAGGCCGACGAUGAUAUGUCGGCAUUCUCGUUUGACGAGUCUCAUAUGGCCGCCUUACGUGAUAAACUUGAUCGUCUGCAAGAGGAACAGACCCAUUCACCAUUUGAGAGUGUGGAUGCGGACAAAGCACUGGGAAGUCUGGGUACCACGGUGGAGGAGUUGUGGGCCGCUCGUAAGAACGAUGCGGAAACCUUUGAGAAAUUCCGGCAAAGCCAGAUCGCUGCGCAAUUCAACAGUGGUAAGAGGACAUCGUCUAGCAGGAGCAAUGGGAACGACGAUACCGAACCAGAUCAGCAGGCUUCUUUCUAA